AUGAAGUUCACAGCUGCCGAGAUCCUGGCCCUGCUCAGUCUGGCCUCAACAGCCACUGCGGCGCCGCAGAAACGAUUCCUCACUCAGUUGAGUCGAUACGCCCAAUGGUCCGCAGCAGCCUACUGCUCCGGCAACACCGACGGCGCCGACAAAGUCGUCGCAUGCUCAGCCGGCAAUUGCCCCGACGUUCAAGCUUCGGGUGCGAAGAUGCUGUAUGAGUUCGACGACGCCAACUCGUACGGCGACGCCGCAGGCUUCCUCGCCGUCGACAGCACCCAGAACCAAAUCGUGCUUUCAUUCCGCGGCAGCCGCACAACAAGUAAUUGGAUCGCCAAUCUCGACACCACUCUGAUCUCCAGCUCGCUCUGUUCAGGCUGCCAGGUGCACCAGGGCUUCUGGCUGAACUACCAGACUGUCGCAGCGACACUGAAGAGCCAGAUCGAUGCGGCGAAAAGUGCGUACCCGGGCUAUGCGCUUGUGAUUACGGGCCACAGUCUCGGCGGCGCGUUGGCGAUGCUGUGUGGAAUGGACUUGCAUAAUCAGGGCUAUGCGCCGACUAUUUAUACGUACGGCCAGCCUCGCGUCGGGAACCUCGCCAUGGCCGAGUACAUCACCAGCGUUGGAAACCAAUGGCGCGUCACCCACACCGACGACACUGUGCCGAAGCUGCCUCCGCGCCUGUACGGCUUCAGCCACGCCAGCCCGGAAUACUGGAUCACCAGCGGGGACAACGUGACCGUGACGACGAACGAUGUCACCGUCGUGACGGGGGUGAAUUCCUUGGGUGGGAACGACGGGACGUUGACCUCGAGUGUGGCGGCGCACAAUUGGUAUAUUGUGAACAUUGAUGGGUGUUCCUGA